AGGGACGUUCCGAAAUGACGUGGCCCUAUCACUUCUCUCUUCUUGAAAAAUCACUUCACAAAUUUGUUGCCGUAAAGAAACACCGAACAAUAUUUGAAGAAUAAUGGUACUGUUUCACGAUGUCUUCGACGCGGCUCAAAAGAACGGAUUAGUGAUUCCAUCGGCUUCAUCGGUUGUUCGUACCGCAAAAUGUUCAUCAGCUGCCACUUCUGUUGCUGCUCCGAUUGAAUUUGGCUCCAGUCAAUUCUAUGCAAUGUGUGCUCUUGGAGGAUCUCUUUCCUGUGGAUUGACUCAUUUUGCAAUCACUCCGUUGGAUAUUGUCAAAUGCCGUAUUCAGGUCAACAAAGAAAAGUAUGGAAGCAUGGUGCAAGGUUUUAAAGUGACCAUAGCUGAGGAUGGAGUUCGUGGUCUUGCUCGUGGAUGGGCUCCAACAUUCAUUGGUUAUUCGGCUCAAGGACUUGGAAAAUUCGGAUUCUAUGAAGUUUUUAAAAACAUCUACAGCUUGUCUUUAGGAGAGGAGAAUGCCUAUAUUUGGAGAACUUCGAUCUAUCUUGCCGCAUCUGCUUCUGCUGAAUUCUUUGCCGACAUCUUCUUGGCUCCAAUGGAAGCAGUGAAAGUUCGUAUGCAAACAUCUCCAACUGCUCCAACAACUCUUCGUGCAUGUGCUCCAAUGAUUUACAAGCAGGAAGGGCUCACUGGAUUCUUCAAGGGACUGCCACCUCUUUGGACUCGCCAGAUUCCAUACACCAUGAUGAAGUUCACUUGUUUCGAGAAAACUGUGGAGCUUCUCUAUCAGUACGUUGUUCCAAAACCACGUGCUCAAUGCUCAAAGUCUGAACAAUUGGCGGUUACUUUCACAGCUGGAUACAUUGCUGGUGUUUUCUGUGCUGUCGUGUCUCAUCCUCCAGAUGUUCUUGUUUCAAAACUGAAUCAAGAUUCAAAUGCCAGUGUUGGAAGUCUUGUCAAACAACUUGGAUUCAAGGGACUUUGGGGAGGACUUGGUCCAAGAAUCAUUAUGGUUGGAACUUUGACUGCUCUUCAAUGGUUCAUCUAUGAUUCGUUCAAGGUUGCAAUGAAUCUUCCUCGUCCACCACCACCACAAAUGCCAGAAUCUUUGAAGAAGAAGCUUGGAAUUCCGGGAACCACUGAAGUUGCUCCAGUCGCUGAAAAAGUUGCUGCUCCAGAGAAAAACGCAAAAUGUGAGAAACCAGGAAAGGUCGACAAGAAGCAGGAAAAGAAGGAGAAGAAAGAAAAGAAGGCCAAGAAGUCGGAAGAAGCUGUUUAAACAUCUUGAUAACUAUUAUUGGGCCCUUUUAGUUUGAUUGUGUAGUAAUAAAACAUUUCUGGAAUUGCA